AUGUCCUCUUUUCUCGAGCAUUCGUACUCUAUUGUACACCUCGACAAUGCCGCGGAUCAGCCAUCGAUCCAGCAGCUCCAGCAGCAGCUGGAAAAGGGUACCGAUGAAUCUAAGCUUGACACUAUGCGUCGGAUCCUGAUCAUCAUGUUGAAUGGAGAUCCGAUGCCACAGCUUCUGAUGCACAUCAUUCGUUUCGUCAUGCCAAGUAAGAGCAAGCCACUCAAGAAGUUGCUAUACUUUUACUAUGAGAUCUGUCCAAAACAUGAUGCGAGUGGAAAGCUGAAACAAGAGAUGAUUUUGGUCUGCAAUGGCAUCCGGAACGAUCUCCUCCACGCAAACGAGUACAUCCGUGGAGCAACCUUACGUUUUCUCUGCAAAGUUCGUGAGCCCGAGCUCCUCGAGCCUCUAGUACCAUCUGCUCGUCAAUGUCUCGAGCACCGCCAUGCAUAUGUUCGCAAGAAUUCGGUACUUGCUAUCCAGUCUAUCUACUCUCACUCGGAGCACCUGAUCCCCGACGCCCCGGAUCUUAUAUUGGCUUUUCUACAGGCGGAGAGUGACAAUACUUGCAAAAGGAAUGCAUUCGCUGCCUUGAGCGCCAUUUCUCAUGCGAAGGCCUUGGAGUACUUGAACUCAGUGUUCGAUCAGAUUGCCAACUCGGAUGAGCUUACACAGCUUGUUCUCAUCGAAUUCAUCAGAAAAGAUGCCGUGCUUAAUUCCGGCAACAAGGCUAGAUACCUCCGGUUAAUCUUCGAUCUUCUGGAAGCGACUUCAAACACUGUUGUUUAUGAAGCUGCUACGUCGUUGACUACUUUAACUAGUAACCCAGUAGCUAUCAAAGCGGCUGCCGGGAAAUUUAUCGAGCUGUGCAUCAAGGUAUCAGACAACAAUGUCAAGCUUAUCGUGCUCGAUAAAGUCGACCAAUUACGAAAAAAGAAUCAGGGUGUGCUGGACGAUUUGGUUAUGGAGGUUCUGCGUGUUUUGUCGAGUCCCGAUAUCGAUGUGCGAAGAAAAGUCCUGGAUAUUGCGAUGGAUAUGAUUUCGAGUAAGAACGUCGAAGAAGUUGUUAUGCUUCUCAAGAAGGAGCUCUCCAAGACUGUGGACCAAGAUUAUGAGAAGAACAACGAGUACAGACAGCUAUUGAUCCAUUCGAUUCACAACUGUGCAAUCAGGUUUUCCGAGGUUGCUGCAAGUGUUGUCGGAUUGCUUAUGGACUUUAUCAGCGAUUUUAACAACUCAUCUGCAGUUGAUGUCAUUGCAUUUGUGAAAGAGGUUGUCGAAAAGUUCCCAGCUCUGCGUUCAUCCAUUGUUGAGCGUCUUAUGACGACUCUCAGCGAGGUCCGGACUGGAAAGGUAUAUAGAGGAGCGCUUUGGAUUGUUGGGGAGUACUGUGUUGAGGAAAAGGAUAUUCGGGAAGCCUGGAAACGGAUACGCCAGAGUCUAGGGGAGAUUCCUAUUCUUGCCUCGGAGCAGCGACUACUUGAUGAACAACCAGGAGAGGAUGAUGAUCAAGCAAAUGGAGGCUCAAAACCUGCUGGGCCUGCUACUGGUUCUCGGAAAGUGCUUGCCGAUGGUACUUAUGCCACUGAGAGUGCCCUCACGAGCGAAUCUGCGAGUCUUGCAAAACUUGAAGCUGUCAGGGCUUCACAAAAGCCACCACUUCGCACCCUUAUUCUUGAUGGAGAUUAUUACUUGGCAUCCGUCCUUGCUGGGACACUUACAAAGCUUGUCAUGCGCCAUGCUGAGAUUGGUGCGGAUGUUUCUCGUACCAAUGCUCUUAAGGCUGAGGCCAUGCUUAUCAUGAUCAGUGUUAUUCGGGUUGGACAGAGUCAGUUCGUAAAGGCCAAGAUUGAUGAAGACAGUAUGGAUCGAAUCAUGUCUUGUGUCAGGUCUUUGGCCGAGUUUGAGCAGAAGAAAGAGAUUGAGGCGGUCUUCCUGGAAGACACUAGAAAGGCAUUCAGGGCUAUGGUUGUUGCUGAGGAAAAGAAGAGGGUAGCUAAGGAGGAGCUGGAGAAAGGAAAGAAUAUGAUCCAGGUCGACGAUGUACUAGGAAUCAGGCAAUUGAGCAAAAAGUCCGCUGCCGACAGCGCCGACGUUGUAGAAGUGGAUAUGGAGAAGGCUACCGGCGGCGAUGCUAAUGUCGAAGACUUGACUUCGAAACUGAGCCGUGUUGUUCAGCUCACUGGGUUUUCGGAUUCUGUCUACGCUGAGGCAUACGUUAAGGUUCACCAAUUUGACAUCAUUCUAGAUGUCUUGCUUGUCAACCAAACCACAGAAACCCUCCAGAACCUUUCUGUUGAAUUUGCAACUCUCGGUGAUCUUAAGGUUGUCGAGCGCCCCACCACCCAAAACCUCGGCCCUCAUGCGUUCCACUCAGUACAAGCUACGAUCAAAGUCUCAUCUACUGAUACUGCUGUAAUUUUCGGCAAUGUGGUAUAUGACGGCCCUGCAUCGACCGAGACAAAUGUAGUUAUCCUCAAUGAUGUUCAUGUUGAUAUCAUGGACUAUAUUCAACCUGCCUACUGCAGUGAGACGCAGUUUAGGACUAUGUGGACCGAGUUCGAGUGGGAGAAUAAGGUUAAUAUCAAUUCGAAGGCAAAGAGUUUGAGGGAGUUCCUAGAUCAAUUGAUGAAGAGUACAAAUAUGGCUUGUUUGACCCCCGAAGCUAGCUUGAAGGGAGACUGUCAAUUUUUGAGUGCAAAUCUUUACGCUAGGAGUGUUUUCGGGGAGGAUGCGCUUGCAAAUCUUAGCAUUGAGAAGGAUGGCGAGGACGGUCCAGUCACUGGUUUCGUACGUAUUCGAAGUAGAUCUCAGGGAUUAGCGCUUUCCUUGGGCUCUUUGAAGGGGCUGCAGAAGUAG